CAUUAUGAGAACGGCGUCGGCCCAUUAUGGCGGUCGAAUUGCACAAAACCGGCGUGGAAAAAUUAAAUGAAGCAAUGAAGGUGACGUGGUGGAAGCUGGAUCAUUCAGUUUCAACUGUAUUUUGUACCUACCACCAUUUUUCUCUCUAUUACGACUCCUUCCAAUUCAUUCUCCCUGUGACUCUACGCCCGUAAAAUUUGAAGCAGCAACGGCAGCAGCAGCAUGAGAACGGCGUCGGCCCAUUAUGGCAGUCGAAUUGCACAAAACCGGCGUGGAAAAAUUAAAUGAAGCAAUGAAGGUGACGUGGUGGAAGCUGGAUCAUUCAAUUUCAACCGUAUCUUGUACCUACCACCAUUUUUCUCUCUAUUACUACUCCUUCCAAUUCAUUCUCCCUGUGACUCUACGCCCAUAAAAUUUGAAGCAGCAGCUACUGCCAAUUUACCACGUCGACAUGUCGGCAUCUCAUCGCCCAGCAACCACAAACCACAUCGCCGUUUUGGCAUUCCCUUUCGGAACUCACGCCAUGCCCCUUCUGGGUCUUGUCCGGAAGCUCUCCGAGGCAGCUCCACACGUGCGAUUUUCGUUUCUCAGCACUGCCAAAUCCAACGCUUCAACCUUCUCGGCCUGGGGAUCAAUUGAGGACGACAGGAUAAAGCGGAUUGACAUUGGCGACGGGUUGCCGGAAGGUUACGUGUUGGGGGGAAAGCAAGGGGACCUGAUGGAGCACUUCUUGGAAGGGGUUGCGGAGAGGUUUAAGCACGGAGUGGAGGCUGCGGCCAAGGAGAUGGGAGAGGGAAUCGGGUGUUUGAUUAGCGAUGCGUUCUACUGGUUUGUGGAAGAAAUGGCAGAAGAAAUGAAAGUGCCGUGGGUCGCGGUUUGGACGUCGGGGCCUCGGGCUCUGCUAACGCAUCUCGACACGGAUGUCAUCAGAGAACACAUCAAGUCUUCUGGAUCCAGAGAGAAACCCCUGGACUUCUUGCCGGGAUUCUCAGAAAUCCGGGUAGCCGAUUUACCCGAAGAAGUCGUAACUGAGAGCCUAGACUCACCCUUCCCAAAAUUCCUAUAUAAAAUGGGUCAUCACCUUCCACGAGCCACCUCUGUUCUCAUAAACUGUUUCGAAGAAAUAGACAAGGACAUACAAAGCCUACUAAACUCAAGACUCCCCAAUUACCUCAACGUUGGUCCACUCAGCAUGCUCGUACUAAUGCAGCAGCCUCCCUCCGACGACCAUGGUUGCUUACCCUGGCUCGACAACCAUCCACCAAACUCUGUAGUGUACAUAAGCUUCGGGGGGUUUCUAUGUCCGCCGCCCCAUGAACUCGCAGCGCUAGCAGAUGCCCUGCUGGAAAGUGGGAUUCCAUUCCUCUGGUCGUUUAGGGGCAAUGCAGAGGGAAGUUUGCCAAAGGGGCUUCGCGAAAUGGGUAGUGGUAAAAUUGUUCCAUGGGCACCUCAGGUGCAGGUAUUAAUGCAUUCUUCAGUUGGGGCGUUUGUGACUCAUGGCGGUUGGAAUUCGGUGUUGGAAAGCAUUGGAGGAGGCGUGCCGAUGAUUGGGCGGCCGUGUUUUGGGGACCAGAGGUUGAACGUGAAGACGGCGGAAAAUGUAUGGGGAAUUGGGGUGAGUCUAGAGGGAGGCGUGAUGACAAAAAGUGGGGUUUUGAAGGCGUUGGGACAAGUUUUGGGCAGCGAAGAGGGGAAAUUGAUGAGGGAGAAAGUUGGGAUUCUGCAGGCUUUGAUUCAUAAAGCUGCUGAAUCCACCGGAGCUUCUUCUCGAAAUUUCAGCCGUUUAGCGGAGAUCGUAACCAAGUCUUGGGACCAAAUAAUUUUAAUGAAUAAUUAGUUUGGUAGAAAUUAAUUUCAAUUUCCAAUUGUACGCUUCGUUUCCCACACACCAUAGUAAAUUUAAAAUCUGUCCGUUUGUUUGCAUCGGCAAGCCAAGUUGUAGCAGAGAAACGGCGAGAGAACGGUGAAAUUUUCGGUUUCUCAAACAUUAUCGAAUAUGGUAUUGGAUGGUCGGGCAAUCGCAACGUGUGCAGCCAUUGUGACGAUGGCUGUGCUAGAUCCGUCUUCGGUUGUCUCUCCGGUGUUGCUUAUUGCCAAUGUUGUUAACUCCAUGUCUUCUGUGUUGAGUAUUUUUGGACUUUGAUCAUCAAAUCUGUUGCGUCUGUUCCUUUCCUAUUUCUAUAAAUCUUAUUACAAUUUUAUGUCUUUCUACUUGAACGCUUUGAAUUUCACUUCCACAUGUUAUUAGAUGAUGAUUUUGUAAUGGAUAUUGUAGCAAUAUUCUAGUCUU